AUGAAAAAUCUAUGGAUUGACAUAGAUAAAGAAGAUGAAUUAAAUGCAACAGAAAUUGCAUUGGCACGAAAAGCAUUUUUUGAAAUCGUUGUACGUUGCGACGGUGCUCAUUCAAUGUUCAUACAAUCGGUAGCUGAAGACAAUUCAGUCAAAGCGCUGAAAGCUUUAAGAGCUAAGUAUGAAGGCACCGGAGCGAUGUCAACGUUUGAGAUUUUAUAUCGCGCACUCACUACAAAGCACACCAAUGGACCAAUUGAUGUGUUUGUAGAAGAAAUUCGACGCCAUUUCCGUCGCCUUAAGGAAAAGGGAAUUGAUUUGCCAGAAAUGAUUCCAAUCAAUCAUUUGGUUGAAGAUUGCUAUUUGAAACAUGGAAGAAAUGCAAAAAAUGUAAAAAAUGGAAAACAAUUUCAGCCAAAAAUUUACAACAAUAACAACAAAAAGCAAUUUUCCAAUUAUUCCUCAGAAGCAAAUGGAACUGCUGAAGCAGGUGAAGCUUCUUCCAUGUAUGCUGAAACCAUCCAUUCAGCAUUUAUUGCAAAUACUAACCCAUUUAAAAAGCCAAAAAUUAAAAAUAUUUUUAAUCGCUUAGCGCCAGCUAAUGCAACAAAUGCAUCACGUCGCGCAACAUUUGAAAAAUGUGACACGCGACGCAAAGUAAUUUACACAUCUAGGGUUGCAACCCCAAUUGAUAAAGAAUUGAGAGAAGAUGAAAAAUUACAAAAUUCAUCGUUAUCACCAAAAUCACCUAAAAGGUAUUGGAAUGGUGAAGGAGAUAAUGACUUCUCGAAAAUUCCGCGUACUCCUGGAAGAGAUAUUAAAUCAGAUGAUGAAGAAACUGAUAUUGGUUGUUCCGAAAUUGAAUUAUAUUUGAAAAACGGAGAAAUUGAUAUAGGAACCAAUAAAAAUUGUUCUUGA